CAGAUUAUAUUAAAUCGAUUCAGACCACCAAUCACAAGUGGCGUUCACACGUAGUUUUAUCGAACACUCCAUUUAACCUCUAUCUUUCCUCAGUGGUACAAGCGGUUAAUAUCCUCAUGCAUGACGUUUCCGAUGGUUAUAAUCCUCCUCCUCCUCCUAUUGCCGCCGCUCUUGGCUCUGAUCAUCGCCGUGCGUAUAACAACCAAGGCGGUGGAUGUUCAACAGGGGAAUCAAAAGCUUCCACCAGGUCCAUAUUCAUGGCCGAUCAUAGGAAACCUUCCUCACAUGCUUAAAGGCCCUCAUAUCUACCUCACCCAGUUAGCCCGUUCUUAUGGUCCUUUAUGCUCGGUGAAGCUUGGCACCCAUUUGUUUGUCAUCGGAUCUUCUCCCAUGGCUGCAACGGAGAUCAUGAGAGCUCAUGAUAAACUGCCUACCUACAGAUGGGUGCCUAAAGCUGGUCAAGAUGGUCUACAAGACUACUCUCUUAUUUGGGCCACUCAAUGCACCGAUCAUUGGAAGCUUUUGAGGUCUUUAUGCCGGACUGAAUUGUUCUCGGCGAAAGGUUUGGAUUUACAGUCUUCGUUGAGGGAGAAAAACGUGGAUAAAAUGGUUGGAUUCUUGAAAAGCAAACAAGGAAGCCUUGUGAAUGUUCGUGAACUUGUGUUCGCUUCGACUGUUAACAUACUUGGUAACAUUUGUUUCUCCAAAGACUUUAUUGAUUUGGACGAUGAUCAUAAGGAAAGAAGAGGAUUGAAACGAGCUCUUUAUAGGUUGAUGAAGCUGGGAACUACUCCAAAUAUAGCCGAUUUUUAUCCUAGAUUUGAAGACCCUCAAGGUCUAAAGAGGAAGACAUCAGAGGCUAUGAAUGAAGCCUUCGGCGCAUGGGAACAUAUAAUCAAGGAAAGAAGAGCUACCAGAGAAGCCCAAAAAGAUACAGAUUCUUCUGAUGAACAAGAUUUCUUGGACACCAUGCUCGGAUCUGGGUUUUCAGAUCUCCAGAUUAACCAACUAACUGUGGAAUUAUUCUCAGGGGGAACACACAGUACAGCAUCAACGAUCGAGUGGGCAUUAGCCGAGUUGAUCAAGAACAAAGAAGCCAUGUUCGCACUCCGAGAAGAGCUCAAAAGAGAAAUCGGUUUCACAAAUUACAUCAAGGAAUCACAGGUCUCCCAUCUUCCUUAUCUACAUGCUUGUGUUAAAGAGACACUGAGAUUACACCCACCUGCACCACUGUUACAUCCACAAGCCAUCCUUGAAGGGUGUGAAAUUAUGAAGUACACAGUUCCCAAGAACUCUCAGCUAAUAAUUAAUGUUUGGGCAAUGGGUCGAGACCCGAAUCUUUGGGAAGACCCGUUGACGUUUAAACCCGAAAGAUUUUGCGACUCUAAUGUGGAUUUCAAAGGUCAAGAUUUCAAGUUCUUGCCUUUUGGUGUAGGAAAGAGGAUGUGUCCAGGGUAUCCCUAUGCGAUUAAGCAAAUCCACCUUAUGUUGGCUUCUUUGGUCCAAAACUUUGAUUGGUUUCUUCCAAACAACAUUGAAGAUCUUUCCAAACUAGACAUGAGUGAAAACUUUGGGAUAAUCUCACAAAGGAAAAAGCCUUUAAUGGUGAUCCCAAAAUGCAAAUGUUGACCAGAAAGCUUAUUAGUAUAUUUACCUACCUGCGCCACUUGAUUAUUUAAAGGUUCAAGACACUCAGGCUUCCUUCGUGUUUCUUCAUGUUCUAAUAUGUUUAUUGAAUAAAAAGCUUCAAUGUUCGGUUUAUAGUCUUAAAUUAGAAUUUUAGGGAAUGAAUUUAAAAUCCACGAUUGUCGUCCUUUCUUCCCUAAGUGUAGACCCUGUGAUUGCAUUGUCUGAAUAAUGCGUGUUCAUUAGUAUUGCUAUAUUUA